AGCUGAGGGAAAAAGGGGGAAUGGACGCAGAGACACUCAGCAUCUGUACCAAACGAUGAACGUAGUGUCAGAUUCAACGGUUGUUGCUUAAAAAUAAAGGAAAAGAAGAACAGCUUUCAUCAUGUACGGGUUUGUCAAUCACGCCUUGGAGCUCCUGGUGUUAAGGAAUUACGGCCCGGAGGUGUGGGAAGACAUCAAGAGGGAGGCUCAGCUUGAUAUCGAGGGUCAGUUCCUGGUUAGAAUCAUAUAUGAAGAUGCCAAAACAUAUGAUCUUGUUGCUGCUGCAAGUAAAGUUCUCAAGAUUGAUGCGGGAGACAUCUUGCAGUUGUUUGGGAAGAUGUUUUUUGAAUUUUGCCAAGAGUCGGGAUACGACACCAUCUUGCGAGUGUUAGGAUCGAAUGUUCGUGAAUUCCUGCAGAACUUGGAUGCUCUACAUGACCACCUGGGUACCAUUUAUCCUGGAAUGAGGGCUCCCUCGUUCCGCUGCACCGAUGCAGAGAAGGGGAACAAUCUGAUUCUUCAUUACUACUCAGAGAGAGAAGGCCUGCAAGACAUUGUGAUUGGCAUCAUUAAAACCGUCGCUCAACAAAUCCAUGGAACAGAGAUAGAAAUGAAGAUGAUCCAACCGAAAAGCGAGGAGUGCGACCACAUCAAGUUUCUGAUUGAGGAGAAGGACUCGGAGGAAGAGGCUUUCUACGAGGACCUGGAUGGUUUCGAGGAGAACGGCACACAGGAGACUCGGAUCAGCCCAUACACGUUUUGCAAGGCCUUUCCAUUCCACCUCAUGUUCGACAAAGACCUGAUGCUCACACAGUGUGGGAACGCCAUUUAUCGAGUCCUGCCUCAGCUCCAGCCCGGUACCUGUAUCCUCCCUUCAGUUUUUUCUUUGGUCCGUCCUCAUAUUGACUUCAGUUUUCAUGGCAUCCUCUCCCACAUCAAUACCGUCUUCGUUCUGCGAAGCAAGGAGGGCCUGCUGAAUGUGGAGACUGUAGAGAACGAAGAUGAGCUGACGGGGGUGGAGAUCAGCUGUCUGAGAUUGAAAGGCCAGAUGAUUUACUUGCCAGAGGCAGAGAACAUCCUUUUUCUUUGCUCACCCAGUGUUAUGAACCUGGACGAUCUCACACGAAGGGGACUGUACCUGAGUGACAUCCCACUACAUGAUGCUACUCGUGACCUGGUGCUGCUAGGUGAGCAGUUUCGUGAGGAGUACAAGCUGACCCAAGAGCUGGAAAUCUUGACAGAUCGUCUGCAGCACACACUCCGGGCCCUGGAGGACGAGAAGAAAAAGACAGACAGAUUGCUCUAUUCCGUUCUGCCGCCAUCUGUCGCCAACGAGCUGCGACACAAACGGCCUGUCCCAGCAAAGCGCUAUGACAACUUGACUAUCCUCUUCAGUGGCAUUGUAGGAUUCAAUGUCUUUUGCAGCAAGCACGCCUCGGCCGAGGGAGCCAUCAAGAUAGUCAACCUGCUCAAUGAUGUUUACACACGCUUUGACAUCUUGACAGACUCUCGGAAUAACCCCUAUGUAUACAAGGUGGAAACAGUGGGUGAUAAGUACAUGACAGUGAGCGGCCUACCAGAGCCGUGCAUACACCAUGCAAAGUCAAUCUGCCACCUCGCUCUUGAUAUGCUGGAGAUUGCUGGACAAGUCAAAGUGGAUGAUGAACCAGUACAGAUCACUAUUGGGAUCCACACAGGAGAAGUGGUGACUGGCGUGAUUGGCCAGAGGAUGCCCAGAUAUUGCCUUUUUGGAAAUACGGUCAACCUCACAAGUCGUACAGAAACUACUGGUGAAAAGGGAAAAAUAAAUGUCUCAGAAUAUACCUACCGGUGUUUGCAGUCUGCUGAGAAUGCUGACCCUCAGUUUAAUUUGGAGUAUCGGGGUCCCAUCACCAUGAAAGGAAAGAAGGAACCAAUGAAGGUUUGGUUUCUGUCCAGGAAGCCCACUGACACAGAAUCCACCACAGUUAAAGCUUAACAAUUCAGAUUUAACACUAAAACACCACAAGUGUUGUCUAACAGAAGCUUUAGUAUGGUACUGUCUAAUCAGACAUUUCUCUAUAAUUACACACAUUUUGAGGCAGGGAUGAGAGGCAGUAAAAUAAAAAAUGAUCCAUCCACACACAAACAGAUAUUUUUAAUAUGAUAAACAGCUGUUUCAAAGUGAAUUUGAACCUGUACCGUUGCUCUCUCUGCUUGUUUCUGCUUGAUCAUGAUCUGUCAUGACCUCACAAUAUUUUUUUAGCGUAGUCACAAUAGUGAAGUGUUUCAUGAAUAGUAGACGUUAGUGACGCAGUAUAUGGUACAUUAAAGUUUGAUACAUUUUUGGACAAAAUAUUCUCACAGUGUAAUUGUACAUAAUAUUACUAGAGGUUUUGAUAAGCAAAACAUUUCCCAUAUAUGGUAAAUGUUUUUAGAUGCUAAUUUUGUCAUAAACUAUAUAUGUUCUGAAGCCAGCCAGAAAUACUGAGAAUUUAUAGACUUUACUCUGUAAGCUCAAAUAACUUAUUCUACUUAAUAGAAUAUGUUUUAACCAUUGCCAUUUUCACUUUUAAGAGUAUUAAUGAUAGAAUUUAGAUUUAAAAUGAAAGACUUGAGUGUAGUAAAAACAGAUCCUAUAGUUUUAUGUGUUCGUGCCAUUACAUUACUGACACUAAUUGAGGGACCCAUUUUUGGUUGAUUGGAUGUGAGAGUCAUGACGUUUUACACUGAAUAUGCUACACUGGCAUCAGUAUGAUUAAAAUAAAUUCAAAUUUAGAUAUUAUAGCUGUUGUAUUUAUAUAUAUCACCAUGUUCACAAGUUUAUUUGGCACAAAAGUUUCAUUAGAUUCAUAUAUUGUCAUGUUCAGUAUUUUUUUCGUCACAAAUAAUACAUGUUGAGCCAUUAUUAAACCUGUACCAUCAUGUAUCUAUCACUAAAUUAUUAAAACAGAUAAGAUAAUUUAAAACAAGCACUAUACACUACUUUAUUUAAUAUAUUUAUUACACAUCUCUACGUAUCGCACAUUCCACUUUUUGAGUACUAUUUUCAGUUCUACUAAAUGUUGUUCGAGAUAUACUUAAUGAUCUACUGGUACAUAUUUAUUGUUAACAUUAUAUUAUUUGGUAUUUAUUCCUUUUUCAUGAUAAAAUGUAAUUAUGACCUUUAAAAAACAGAAUAUACAGUGACAAAAGACAAGAAAAAAAUAAACUUAAAUAUGGAUAAAAGUACUGUUUGUGCCUCUAUAAAUUACAUUAUGUGCUGUAUGUGUUUGAUUAAUUUCACAUGAGUAAAUGUACCACACUGUUUUCACCCUAUGUCGUUAUUAUUAAACUUCACAUAAUGUCCUCCA